UGGGUUUUUAUUUCAUUUUAUUUUAUUGUUUACCCUGAUUUUUGCAAUACUUUCGCAAUGCGAUCGGACGGGGUGUUUGCCCAAUCAGAUUGAAGUCAAUGGCACAUGCCCAACCAGCCCUCUCUGACCUUCAGCCAGGCUGCAAAUACAGCGAUCACAGUGCACCUCACCCCAGACCUGUGCUACAUGACUGGCUGUUGCUGCUGGCACGUUCUUUGGGUGGUUGGCUGGCUGGUUGGUUGGUAAUAGUUCACGGUUUCAGUUGUCUGCUAGGAUCUCACACUAUGGGCAUUGUCAGGGGACUUGUCUUCAUCUUGUUCAUUUAUCACAUAAGUGACGCAAAGAGGCUUUUGGGGUACAAAACUGACACAAAAGAUAAAUCUCAACCAAUUCCGAAACAAAAAGUUCAUUAUGUCCCAAAAUCCAAGUUCCGCUUGUACACCAGAGGGGAUGCCAUGGACGAUACCUGUAAGAUCCUGCCCUUCGACUCAGGGACCCUGGACCAGUGCAGCUUCAACAGCACUGCCCCCCUGGUCAUCAUCGUCCAUGGAUGGUCGGUGGAUGGGAUGCUGGAGAGCUGGGUGAUGAAGCUGGCAGCGGCCCUGAAGUCAAAGCUGAGGUACAGCAACGUGGUCAUCUCUGAUUGGCUCUCCCUCGCUCAUCAGCACUAUGCAAUAGCAGUGCAGAACACCCGGCUGGUCGGCCAGGAGAUCGCAGACUUGUUGGAAUGGCUGGAGGAGUCCCAUCAGUUUUCUAUAGAGAAUGUUCACUUGAUCGGGUACAGUCUUGGCGCUCAUGUCUCGGGAUUUGCUGGUAGUUAUGUCAGCAGCUCCAGGAAGAUUGGAAGAAUUACAGGCCUGGACCCUGCAGGUCCCCUAUUCGAAGGAAUGUCGUACACUGACCGGCUGUCUCCUGAGGAUGCCAACUUUGUUGAUGCCAUUCACACCUUCACACAGCAACACAUGGGUCUGAGUGUGGGGAUCAAGCAGCCGGUCGCCCAUUAUGACUUCUACCCAAACGGAGGCACCUUCCAACCUGGCUGUCACAUCAAGAAUUUGUAUGAUCACCUGUCUCAGUAUGGACUGUCAGGUUUUCAACAGAGUGUGAAAUGUGCACACGAGAGAUCUGUGCACCUGUUUAUUGACUCGUUGUUGAACGAUGACAAGCAGAGCGUGGCCUAUUGGUGCAACGACAACAACUCCUUUGACAAGGGCAUCUGCCUGGACUGCCGCAAGAACCGUUGCAACACGCUGGGCUACAACAUCAAGAAGGUCCGAACCGGAACCAGCAAAAGACUCUAUCUAAAGACGCGCUCCCACAUGCCUUACAAAGUCUAUCACUACCAGUUCAAGAUCCAAUUCAUCAACCAAAUUGAGCAGUUGGAACCCAUGCUUACUAUCUCUCUGAUGGGUACAAAAGAAGAUGUUCAAAACUUGCCAAUCACUCUAGUUGAGGAAAUAACUGGCAACAAAACAUACACUUUCCUAAUCACCCUGGACACAGACAUUGGUGACCUGAUGGUUCUCACGUUUAAAUGGGAAGGCUCUGCAGUUUGGGCCAACUUCUGGAACACGGUCCAGACUAUCAUGCCUUGGAGAAAAGGAAGGAAGGACCCAGAGCUCAAUGUGGGGAGAAUCCAGGUCAAGGCUGGAGAGACACAGAAAAAGACCUCAUUCUGCUCUCAGAGCGACGACAGCAUGCACAUACUGCUGGCUCAAGAAAAAACCUUUGUGAGGUGCGAGAGAAACAGCAACAGGGGGAAGAAGAAGAAAAUCACACUUGCAUGAUGAAACCGACUGCUCUGUUACAACACUUGGUGACUGGGAAAUAUUACAAUUAAAACUUUUAUGGAACUCCUUUUUUAUUAUUAUUAUUAUUAUUAUUAUAAAGAUUACUAUUAUUUCUCGGAGCAUUCUGUUUUAGGAUAUAAACGUAUUUUUGUGGAUAGUUAUAUGUUGAGGUUCUCUGGCAAUAGCUGAAACAGAUUUGGCUGAACACUCUCAAGGCUGGCUGCUCAUGGAUUGCCUGGUCCAAGUUCUCUCAUCAGUUCAUUCGCUUUUCAUAGAUGCAUGUGGCUUUUUCCUGGCCUGCAAGCUUUGAUCCACCAUGCCCUUCCACUGAUCUGUUCUGGCCAUUGCUACACAUCCCAAAUACAAGUACAUUAUUAUAGAACCGUUUUGAAUCCAGUUAACUUGGAUGUUGUCUAUAAUGAUGUGAAAUGUUUAUAUAAUCUAUCCUAAUUUUUGUCCUGUAAUUCAGCAAUUUUCAAAGCCUUUUAAUGUCAUUGGGGUUAUUCCUGCUGGUCUUUUAAAUGUGAUGUUCCAGUUCUAGAGAAGUAGGAGACCCAAACUCUUACAGAUCAGAGUGGGUCACUCCACAGCAAUUGAAGGAGGAGCGAACUCCACUUUGAAUGAAAUGUUUAAUGAUGCGCUUUAAAAGAAGUGAUUUUUAAAAAGACAUAUACCUAUAUGCAUUGCAGUAUUAGAAAUACUAUGCCCAGUAAAGUUUUUUUUUUUUUUUUUUUUUUUUUUAAUGUGUAUUUUGUUUCAUUCAAUUAGGAUGGUGUGGAACCAAACUAAAGUUUGCCCCUCCCAUUAUGCAAGUAAACCUGUCCACUCAACGCAAGCCCAUACAAAAUCAAGAUGCAGCAUUAUACUGCUUCCACAGGGAGAGUUCAGAACCCAGUCAGAGAGGCACAAACAGGGUGAUGCAAGUCUGUCAUAUAAUUUCCUUACAUACAAGUUGGGAACAUAUUAUCCAGCUCUUUAGACAAUCUGAGCUUAGAUUUCUGACAGAUUUCUAUGAGCUGGCUGAGAAUUACAAAGUCAAUAUUUUCACUGCCCAGGUUAUAGUCAGACAGGGAAAACAGUGGAAAGACAGUCCACUAGAAGGCUUGACAUCACUGUGUAUAACAAGUCUACAUUGUGUUACAUGGCAAGGUUCAGGAUGGUGGAUGCUCCCAUGCAAGACUGAGGUUGGCAGGAGCAGGAUUCAAACCAUGCUCGCACGACUCGCCCAGCGCUUCAAGCAGUCUUGCUUUAACUAGGUGAGCAUCAACACAGUGCACCAUAAACUCUGGCACUGAAAGCUUGGAUCACCUGUUGCUGAACAAAAGCCCAUCGAAACCGUUUUGAUCAAGUCUAUUUUAUUAAUGCAUUUCAAGUACUUAAAAAAAAAAAAAAAAAAAAAAAAACAGAAAAAAAAAAAAAAAUUACAUAUUCUUUUGCACAAUACUUUUUACAACUUUAGUAAAAAUUUCCAAAGUGAACCAAAAAAAAAAAAAAGAUACUGUAUAAAACACAGCGGACAUUAAAAACUGGACAGUAGUAUUAGAUCUUUUUUUCUUCGUGAUUUUUCAGUUAACAUCACCUACCACAUUUCAACUCAAACUGGACAGUUCAGUGCACGUUUUUUUCAGCGAAGGCUUUAUUCUACUGAGAUAAAACCCGAAGGCAGUUCACAUCUGCCUGAACCCUACCACAGAAGAACAAUACAAAUGACCCAAAAAAAAAAAAAAAAAAAAAAAAGGUUCUGUAAUGUCUCACACUCAAGAGGUUCACUAAUGGCCCAUUCUGGGGUAAAGAGAAAGUUUUAUUAUCCACCACAAGCCCAUUUCAACCUGCACAAUCAACAGAUACAUCUUAAGAAUUUAAAAAAGGAUGCUGUUUUUUUCUUUUAACCCUAAAUACAAGUUCAUCUGAAAUGUUAUUUUGUACAAGACUGUCUGGUUUUCGAAUACAAAAUCUGUCUCUUUACAUGUAAAAAAAAAAAAAAAACCACAACACUAAUUUUCAUGUACUGUACAUGUUUACAAGGUCUCGCUAGUGUCUGUGAACCAGCCUUGUUGGCCUGGAUCACUUAACGAUUACAUCAGUGUAAACUUUUAGAAUUGAACUACUAUGAAGCAAUUUUCAAAUCUUAGAAAACCUACUCGCUUAACAAAAUGCACAAAAUUACUGAGUUUCCUCUUGGCUUAAAUUUACAAGCAAUGAUUUAUUCAAAAAAGGGACAGGGCAGGAGACCCCACCCUUCUAUCUUGCAGUCUCCCUCCCCCUCUUCCAAUGGAUGUUAUAAUCAAUACAAACUAAUACACAAUUUGGUAUUUAAUCUGGAAACUCAGAUGAUAAACACUAACUGCAAGAGGCUUGUCCAAACGGCUACAGUUGACCACCUCAGUUCUAUCCCGCUCAGACAUUAUAAAUGAAUUGCCAGUAACCUUAGACCUGAAGCAAAGACACUGGAGCAUGGAUUUAAUUGAAGCAAUAUACUGUAGCCUAGAAGGCUGAAUCGUCCAUGUCGGAUUUUCUCAUUUUGUUCAGCACUUUCAAGCCUUACAGCUAGUAUGCAUUAAGUAUAUCAUGUCAAGCUUUAAAAAUCAGUUAUCUUAUUACCACCUGGCACCAGAUAAUUAGUUUUACCAUUAAUGGAGACAACACAGCCCAACGACAGCAGAUCCUCGUUCCACAUUAGGUCUGCCUUUAUCACUACCCCAAACGUGUUUCUAAUAAAGUGGUCCAUAAACUAAUUAAGCACACACACUUUAAGCUGUUGAUCUGGAAACUUUAAUAAAUGUUGCCUAUCCUCUGAAAGUUUCCCGAUCGCACAGAACAGAUCAUUUGCUGCUUAGUGGUUGUCCAUUUUUAUAAUUGCAAUGCACAGCAAUUUGUAAAAAGCAAAAAAAUAAAUCUAAUCAAAAAUAAAAUAAAGUUUAAAAAAAAAA